AUGGAACGCUUCCUCGCCCCACAGAGCCCUGAGGCCCUGGCACACAGUCAUCUCAAUGAGAACUGGUUCAGUUGGGAUCUCGAGCACCCCUCCGUUAACGAGACUCUGAUUGCUGGGUGCGCCACAUACGAAGCGUUCAAACGCUACCUCAGUGGCUCGGACUUGUACCUUCUCCCCACGACAAGGACCGAACUAGAGAGCAAGCUGAGGCGAUACGCAUACGAUACCAUCCAUAAUGCAAUUGCCAAGGCACGUUCGCCGCUUGAGCGUGGCGGUUACAGCCGGAUGUGUCAUCUGGUGGAGGAAUCCAUCAGCAGGAUACUGAACGAGAAUGACAAUGCGUCAUACCUUCUGAAUCUGCACGACGCGCAGAGUAACUCCGUGGUCGACAUGGGCACGUCACCGCCAACAAGAUCCGUCAAAAUCAAGUGA